GGUGUUAAGCCUCAGGAGUCGACCGUCGUCUGGAACAGUCAUGCAGGUUUUCCUUAUCAUUUCGUUGUCCCUUCUGGGCUCUCUCGCCAUAGCCCAAGUCCCGGAUGCCUCCACGACGACGGAGGCUCUAAGAGACAUUUACUACAGGUGCGUGGACAGUGAAUCUCUGCUAUCUUGCGUUAAGCCAAAGCUACUGGCUUACGUGAGCGAGGCUGUUAAACAGGACAGGAUAAGGAUCACGGAAGACCUGGUCAUCGUUAAGUCACGCGACGCGCCUGAGGAUAAUGCCGAUGAAUACUACCAGCAAUACGAUGCCGCUGACCCAGCCAGAAGGGAGGUCCUGCGAUCCAUGAUGCUGGAGAAGUUGGAUGCUUACUUAUCCAGUCAUCAGCUAGAGGCUAAGCUGCCUGAGGCCAUUUCCGGGUCCAACAUCGUCCCCAGAGCUUUGGUUGAAUCUGUGCCGUCUAGUCUGUCUGUACCCCUGGCUGACACCCAGGCAGGACAGGGUCGUGGGUUCGUGAAGAAGGUAAUGAUUCCCUUUCUUUUGGGACUGAAGUUCAAGGCUACAGCUUUGGUGCCCCUGGCACUUGCUCUGAUUGCGCUGAAGACCUGGAAGGCCCUCACCUUAGGACUCCUUUCUCUUGUGCUCAGCGGAGCCAUGCUUAUCUUCAAGCUCACAAAGCCCAAGGUCGCCUACGAGGUUGUCCACUACGGACACCCACCCGUGGAACACGCUCCUCAUUGGGACACCGCACCGCAUGGACCUUACCGUGCCUACCGGAAGUAAAUUCGGAACCCAUCAUUCCAACAUGCGGAGAACCAACGACUAUAGAUACUCUAUUUAAGAUAUUUAUUAGCGCCUUUUUUAGACGCUCUCUCAUAGAUACAAAUGUACUUUCACUAUUUAUGUAAAAUAAAAACUUCUAUUUUUACUAUAAA